AUGAAAACCUGCACAGCAGUUGUUUUCCUGCUCCUGGCUGCCAGCGCCGUGCACACCAGCUCCUCGCAUGCUGAGCCAAGCUGUGCUCACUUCUCUGAACUUCUGCCUGUGUAUCUCAGAGACCUGAGGAUCAAGUUUGAGGAAAUUAAAGAUUAUUUUCAAUCAAAAGAUGAUGAACUUAGCAUCCAGCUGCUCAGCUCCGAAUUACUGGAUGAAUUUAAGGGGACCUUUGGCUGCCAGUCCGUGCUGGAGGCCAUGCGCUUCUACAUGGAAGAAGUCCUGCCGAGCGCGGGGAGAGCCAGCGCGCACCACGAGCAGAGCGUGAACGAGCUGGGCAACGUGCUGAUGCACCUGAAGGCGACUAUGAAGCGCUGUCACAGAUUCUUCACGUGCGAGAAGAGGAGCAAAACUCUAAAGCACAUCAAGGAGACGUUUGAGAAGAUGAAUGAGAAUGGAAUCUACAAGGCAAUGGGAGAAUUUGACAUUUUCAUCAACUACAUUGAAGAAUACUUGAUGAUGAAGAGAAGGAAGUGA